GCGUAUUUGUGGAUGGAUUAAAUACAGUUCUAUUUUAUUUUCAUUCACAAAAGGAUCACUGCAUUAGACACACAAUGUUGCAACAAAUUCUUCGAGACAUGUACAUCGAUCCAGAUCUCUUGGCUGAGCUGAAUGAAGAACAGAAACAAAUACUGUUCUAUAAGAUGAGAGAGGAGCAGAUCAAACGCUGGCAUGGAUGGGAUGCAAAUCUGGACAAGGGGGUAUCCAAGAUGAAAAUCAAAGCCAAGUUCCAACAUAAUAAUUCCAAGCACAUUCAGUGGUUACAAGGAGCAGAUGGUGACGUCUGGGUAUGGAUUAUGGGAGAAGCCCAAGGGGACAAGCCAUAUGAACUAAUAUGUGAAGAGCUCAUGGCUGAAAGAGCAAGGCAACAAGCUCAAAAAGAGGCUGAAGAACAAUGGAAGAAGAAGGAAGCUGAAAUCGAAAAGAAGUUCCGGGAUGCUAUGGCCAAAGAAAAAGCAAGGAUUGUAGCAGAAAAAUGGAAGGUAGAAAUUGAAGAUCGGAAAGCAGCCAAACAGCUGGAAAAAAAGUUUCAAGAAGAAUUAAAGAGAAGGGAAGAUGAAGAGAGAAGAAAAGAAGAAGAGCAAAUUCGUCAGAGAGAGGAACUGCGUGCAAAAGAGCUAUAUCUGAGCCUCAAGAUAGCCCAACAGCAAAAUCAAAAAAAUGAAAAUGAGGAGGAGGAGUGGAAGGAACAGUUACGCAAAUCUAAAGAAGCAGAUGAAGAUCGCACGCAUAAAGCACGCCGGGCACGCGCUGAAUAUCAUCAUCAGUCUCUACGAGCAAUACAGAAAGGAAAGGUGGCUGGGCUUAGCAAUCUUUUUCAGAGUUCCAUGUUACCUGAUGGGCAAGAACUAGGUCAGGAAAAUGUCACUGUGUAUCCACUCCUCAAACUUCACGUGCCAGUCGGGAAAUCAUGGGAAAGGCCAUCUCGUCCAAUCUCAAGGGAUAUUAUAAUUCGUUGGUUUAAAGAAGAACAAAUUCCACGACAGGCUGGCAUAGAUAAGAACACAGGUUGUGUGGCAUUAUGGUUUCAUGGGAUCAUAACUCGUGAAAUGGCUGAAGAAUUACUAAUGAACAAACUUGAAGGCUCCUUUCUUGUGCGAGUCAGUGAAAAGAUCUGGGGAUACACUCUGUCAUAUCGUCACCAGACUGGGUUUAGGCACUUUCUAGUGGACGCAUCAAGUGAUUACUACAGCUUUCUCGGUGUGGAUCCCAACAGGCAUGCAACACUCACAGACCUCGUUGACUUCCACAAGGAAGAGGUCAUCACAAGCUCUGGUGGAGAACUUCUGGUUGAGCCAUGCGGACAGGUUAAGACCCCACCUGAUUACAGCAUGUUAUUUGAAUGAUUCAUUAGGUUCCCACAAUCAAGAAGAUAAACGUAAAUCACUGGACAAUCAUAUGAAGGAUGCAUUGCAAUUUUACUCAACCUCUGAUGGGAAGAUUUUUAACAAUUCAACGUUUUCCAUAAUGAACAAC